AUGUCUAAAAGAAGGAAAUAAUGUAGGAUAUGUAAUAAAGAGCAUUAAUCUAAUUUAAAAGGAUUUUUGUCUUACCCAAAGCAUUUAUUAUUAGGAAAAUUACCAAAUUAUUACUAAAGGCUGACUUAAAAAUUGAAUGAAAAAUAAACAUAAAGAGUCAGCAUUUCAGAUAAUCACAUUUGUUACAUAAUUGAUGAAGAUAUAUGUGAUAUUUGUUGGAAGUUCAUGUAUUAAGGAUUUUAAUGUGAUAAAUGCAAUACUUAUAACUAUGAUUGCAAGCCAGAUAAAAAAAAAUGUUGCUUAUGCAUGGCUUCCUAUUGCCAAAAAUGUGAAAGAAGAGUUGGAUUGUUUUCUCAAAAGGGAUUGUGUACAAUUUGCUAAUUAAAUAAUACGAACAAUUUGAAUUCAAUACGAUAUUUGUUUUCUCUUUUUUUGAUUAUGAUCUUUCCUUGUUUAGCAUUUAAGCAUCUCUUUGCUAAAUUAAUUGAAACAUUCGAUAAAAUUUAAUAUACGAACUAUUAAAAGAUGAUGGGUUUUUCAUCAUUUAUUCUAGUUUUUCCAUUGAUAUACUGCAUUUGUUUGAUAGGGCUAAGUAUUUUAUUGAUUGGAAAACUUAUUUAAAAAAUGAUAAUGCUUGUUUGA